CCGAUAAUAUGUUGGCAGAUUCCAGCCGAUAUGGUGGUGAAUGCAAUGAUAGUAGCAAUGGUGGCUCAUGCUGAUCAAAGGGGAAGUGAAACCAUAUACCAAGUUGGAUCCUCAGUUUCAAACCCUUUGGAAAUCACUAAUCUUAAAGAAUAUGGAUUCAAUUACUUCAGAAAAUAUCCAUGGAUUAACAAAGUGGAUGGGAAACCUAUUAUUGUUGGCCAAGUUACAAUGUUGAGUACUAUGGAUAGUUUUCGCAAAUACAUGGCCUUUCAUUACUUGCUUCCUUUGAAGGGAUUGGAAAUAGUUAACACAGCAUGUUGCCAAUACUUCCAAGGAAAAUACUUGGAGCUUUACAGGAAAAUCAAAUUUGUAAUGCGGUUGAUAGACCUUUAUGGACCCUACUUAUUCUUCAAGUCAAUAUUCGACGAUUUAAAUACAGAAAAAUUACGUAUAGCAGCAAGGGAUAGUGGAGUUGAUGCCGACGUUUUCUACUUUGACCCCAAGACUAUCAACUGGGAAGAUUAUUUCAUGAAAAUUCAUCUUCCUGGAGUUGUAAGAUACGUGUUUAAGUAAUUAAUUAGUUAAUGCUGAAAUUUGAUCAGUAAUACAAAAUUAAGAUGAUUUAUACUGCUAGGGAGAUUUAAAGUUAUACCAUUUUAAAUUGUAUCAAAUUUUACUUUGUUGUUACGAAUUUCAUUCAGUGCACUAUCCAUUUCAAUUUGUUGUAUCAUUAUCCCUAUUUGUUCUAAAAGAAGAUGUUAUAGCAAACUGAAGAAAGCAUUUAUCUAUAAAAUAAUUGCGUUUCUUCUUACUUUUAUUUUUUA